AUGAUUUAAAAAGUUUAAUUGAUAAAAUAUAUUUAGGAAGUUUUUGAUAAUUUAACAGUGGGACAAUUAAAUUGUAAAAAGGAAGCCUUUAGUUAAUUUCAAGCCUAACUUUUCUCUAAAGACUCUUCGAAACAAAUGAAACUUGAAUGCAAAACACAUAUUGGAUAAUAAAUUGUUAAGAUUGAUAUAAAUGAGAAGAAGUCAGCUUCUAAUCGAUUAGUUUGUGUAUAAUGCAUUAGUAACUAUCCAGGACAAUAUGUUACAUUGCAAGAAUUUGAGGAAGAAUAUUACAAUUACGUAGUUUAAAAAUAAGACUAUAAAAGCUAAUUAUUGGAAAUAAAAUAGAUAGAAGCCGAAGAAUUAAAUGAAAUGUUUUCAGGUAUUUUAUUGCAAAUAACUAACUCUAUCAAUACAAUUUAGGCAAAAAUAAACAAUGUAUUAAGCUCUAACAGUCAAAGUGAUUAAGAAAUGUUAUAAUUUGAUUAAAUUAUGCAUUCCUAUGAAAAACUUGAAGAAAUUGCUUAAAAAAUAAGUAACCAGAAAAAUUUAAACUUCAAUUAAAAUGAUUUGAUAAAUGGCUUUAGUAAUUGGAAUGCAAUAAAUAAGUAAUUAGAAUAAGAAUUUGAAGAAGUUUUCAAAAGGAGUCAAAAAUAAUUAAAAAUUUUUUUAACUCCAGAUAAGAAUAAUGAUUAGUUUAAAAGGAGGAAUAGAAUUUCUCGAGUGGAGAAAUUUUCUAUUCCAGUUAUAAAUCAAAAGAUAAAUAAAACUCAAUUGAAUGCAUCCAACUUUUGUCUAAUGGUGUAAUAUUCAGUUUAAUAAAAUGAAUAUUGUUAUGCAAUAGCUAUUAAUAAAGAUUGUUCAACAUUAGUGGCUGGAUGUAACUCAUAAAUUAAAGUAUUUGAAUUUAAGCAAGGAAUGCUGAAACAAAUUUAAAUAUUAAAUGAACAUAAUAGUUAUGUCUAUACUUUAAACUUCAUGAAAAAGUAGAAUUAGUUUAUAUCAGGGAGUUAUAAAUUAAUUAUAAUAUGGUAAAAUAAUUAAAAUAGUUAAUGGAUUUCCUAAUUUAGAUUAAUUGGACACAAUGAUUAUAUUCUUUGUUUGAUAUUAAAUAAUAAUGAUGAUACAAUUAUAUCAGGUAGUUGUGAUAAAACUAUUAAAUUUUGGAUGAAAAAGAAUGAAUGGUUGUGUCAAUAAACAAUUACAGAUCAUUUUAGUUAUGUAUUUGGAUUAAGUUUAAAUUAAUUAUAAAACAGAGUUAUAUCUUGUGGUGCAGAUAAUAUGAUAUUAAUAAUGGAGCAAUCAUAAUAGAAUAAAGAAUGGAUUGUAAUAUAAAAGAUUACAUUUGAAUAAUAUGGAUUUAGAAUAUGUUUUAUCGAUAAUUAUAUGUUCACAUUCUAACCUUUAGGUAAAGAUUAGAUGUCUAUUUUUGAGAUGAACAGUAUAAAUAAAUAGUUUAGUAAAAUUAAAGAUAUCUCUGUUAAAUGCGGAUCAGAUAGUAAUAGUUUAUUUCCUUAGUAAUAUAUAAAUUAAAAAAGCAUGCUUAUGAGUAAGAGUGGUGAAUAUGUCAAUUUUAUAAGGAAAAAAUAAAACGGAGAGUUUGUUACUGAUUAAUCUAUUCAUUUUGAAACACCUUUAUUAUUUGGAGUAAUGAGUGAGGAUGGAGAGUAUUUAAUUACAUGGGAUAGCAAAUCAAAGUAAAUUUAAAUUAGAAAAUAUUAUGAAGAAGAAUGA